UAUGCAACACUAUGCCCGCGAAGUAAUCUCCGUACGAGGAUUCGAAAGCUUAUAUCAGAGUGCGAGAACUCGAAGGACCGCGAGGCUUCGGCGCAUUCGAGUCUCCGAAAGCCGGUACGUGCUUAUGACAAACGACAAGUGACGGAACAUUUGCGACGAGGCUUUUUACGUGCGUGUCACAUGCGAGAGACGUGUAGUAAGCGUUGCACACACGUCGAGCAGACGGUCCUCGGCAUGACCGAAAAUAUGGCGAGCCUCGAUGACUAGCCGUAUAUACUACGUACGAUACAGCGUGUACAUUGCCCUCGCGUUGCCGAUUCUCGCUGACGAACUGUUGGGAUUUACAUGACACCGCCGACGCGACUGACGUAAUUCACCGAUUGAUCAAUCCGACGGACAAUCGUUCUAGAAUAUUCGAUUUAACCUGCAACAAAGAAACAAAAUCUGAGAAGCUGAGAGCAACCAGCGACGAAACAAGGUCUGAAUCAAGAUGUCAAGCUAAGAGAUCGUCACAUCGGAACUGUCGCUCGCGGAAACGAAGAUUGCGCAUUCGGUUUUGUGACAUUCCAGUGAUCGUUACGACAGUUGACAUUAAUGCGUGCAGUGAGGUAGAAUCAAGGACAUCGAAUUGUUGAUCAUGAUUCAAUAUGUAUAGCUUCGAGGGAGAUUACAGGCGUAAGCCACAGCAAAAUUUGUCAGGAGCUAGCAGGAGAGAUGAGAAGGCCGUGCUCUUACAGCAUGCGCAGUUGGAGAGAUUGAAGAGAGAGCAGCAACGUAAGAAGCAUGUGGCUGCGUUGAAGAUUCAAGCCUAUGUGCGCAGCUUCAUUACCAGAAAGCUGAUGUGUGCACAGAAGAGGAGGGAAUUUGAUGAGGCUCAACAGGUGGCGGGGCGUAGGAAUUUAUCUUUAGAGGAAUUAGUGCCGUACUUGAGGAAGCUCCUAUUCUUUUAUAAUCAUACUCUAGAUGCUAGCAGACUGAUAUGGAUUCUUCAGCAUUUCCUGAAACAUCAGAAGGAGAUUAAGUUGAAGUCAAUAAAUUCAUCGCAAUGGUUGUGGAGGUUGCGGUGGAUUCUUCGCAUCUCUAUGCAGUACAAUAUACAGGCGUUGCCAGACGGGGCAUACUCCAUGGCGAUACCGUUGCGCGUCCUGGAAGUAUUCACGACGCGGGAGGACACGGAAAGGAUACUACGUGAAAACAGUUACCGACAUCUAGAGAGUAUAUUCGUCUAUUUGAUAAAGCACAACUACUUCGGACAAUUGAGAAAACUGUUGGAUGAAAAAGUGCCGCCUAUGCUGGAGGCGACGUCGGUCGCGCCGACGCCGAUCUCUAAGUGCCUGUUGGACAUGAUUAAACGACCUUUGGACUUGUUCUCUUACCUCGAUCGCAACGAAAGUUUCUCCGCGUUGGUGCUACAAGAGUUGUGUAGAAGCAUAUUCUGUCCCAACCUGACUGAUCCCAUUCGUAUGUUCGUUAUACCGGCACUGGCGGAAUACAAAGACUUCCCGUACAUUCAGCUGUUCAACUGCAUCAACCGAUCCGACCUGGUGCCCACAAUAAAUCUGCUCUAUUGCGUUUUAUCAUUAGAAACCGAACAGAUGUCAUUUGUACACUGCAUCUCCAAGGACACAUUGAGGAAUUACCUGCAAGUGCUCGCAUCACUCACGUCGACCAUCAUACCGUUAGUUGCGGAGCAGAACGUUAAGCAGUCCGAUGACUCGGACAACGACGAGCCCAAUACCAACAUGAGCGAUCAGCAACAGACCAACGUAACGCGAUCGCUCGAGAUGUUGAAUGAAGAGCAGCGCGUAAACGGUAUAUUUCUGGCGAUGCUUCGUUUCUGGAACUCGGCAACGUUGCUGCAGCCACUGUGCGAGCUUUGUCAUCACUUGUUGAUUAUCGACAAGCUGGCCAUUCACAAGUAUAAGCUAUUGUACACUCUCGCCUUCAAGCCGGUAUUCCUGAAACACUUGUGGACGACUUUGCUGUCGGUCUGCCAGAUAUCGCUCUUCGGCGGCGCUACACCGCUCAUGCAGAUCAUAUCGCGCGGCAUUGCUCUUUCCGCGGAGGAUACCGACAGGAUAGUCCCGUUGCUGGCGGUGUUCUGCUCGCUAUUUAGUGUGCUGAUCGCGACGUUACACGACACCGAGUUCUUCGUCGAGCAUUCCUCUACGGAACAGACGUCGGACAGUAGUCGGCAACAACAGCAACAACAGCAACAACAAGCCAUGUCUUUCACCACGUCGGAGCUGGUCGUAUUAUCAAGUCACUUAAAGAGCGUCUGUCUGGGUUUGGUAGAAUUGGCAUUUCCAGACACUCGACCAACAGUGCGGGACGACUACAAGAACGCCGUAUUGGGUCCGGCAUCGGCCGUCCAGGGUCGACAUGACACGCAGAUCUGGACUCAUCUGUUCAAGGUGACGGUGGGUCUGCUGCGGCAAUUACACACACGUGAUCUCCGACGUCAAUUCUGUCCAGACGGCCAUUGGAUAGCGCCCAAUGUGAUAAUCCCUAUCGACAAGCCGGAAGAUUUUGCGUUCCGCAGACGUAGACUCCGAGGAUACGUUCCUUUCCAAAGCUUGCGGGCUUUUACGAGGGAGGAGCUGGAAGAGGGACCGCCGUUGUCCGCCAAAGAGGUUCGAACGUUGACGCUGCUACGUGAGAUACCCUUCGUCGUGCCAUUCAACAAUCGAGUAGUGGUGUUCCAGUCGUUGAUCUACAAAGACAAGGCGGAACAACAAGGCGAGGUGCCGCACUUUAUGCUGCCGGCGAUUCAGAUCUCCGUCAGGCGGAAUUAUCUGUACGAAGAUGCGUUCGAGAAACUUUCGCCAGAAAAUGAGCCGGAGUUGCGGAUGAAGAUGCGGGUACAGCUCGUCAACACCGCCGGACUGGAGGAGGCUGGUGUCGACGGCGGCGGUCUCUUUCGUGAGUUCCUGUCCGAGCUACUGAAAACCUGUUUCGAUCCGAAUCGGGGUUUCUUCAAGCUCACCAAGGACAACAUGCUCUACCCGAAUCCCACGGUACAGCUAUUGUUCGACGACUUCCCGAAACAUUACUACUUCAUCGGUAGGAUCCUUGGUAAGGCGUUGUAUGAAAAUUUAUUGGUGGAGUUGCCGUUUGCCGAAUUCUUCCUGUCGAAAAUCGUCGGUCGACAAUCGGACGUGGAUGUGCAUCACUUGGCCUCCUUAGACCCCAUCAUGUAUCGCAAUCUGCUGUACUUGAAGACCUACAAGGGUGAUGUGGCCGAUCUCGGUCUGGAUUUUACUGUUUUGUCCGACGAACUGGGUGAAAGGCGAGUGGACGAGUUGAAGCCCAGCGGUGCCAAUAUCCCCGUGACCAAUCACAACCGUAUCGAGUAUAUCCAUCUGAUAGCUGACUACAAACUCAACAAGCAAAUCCGCGCCCAGUGCUACGCAUUCAAGCAAGGUAUAGGCAGCGUAGUACCGCUCGAUUGGCUGCAGAUGUUUAACAACAAGGAACUGCAAGUGCUGAUAUCGGGCGCACAGAUUCCCGUGGACGUUAACGAUCUCAAGCUGCACACCAACUAUACGGGGGGAUACGCGCCCGAUCAUCCGACUAUCACUGCCUUCUGGAAAGUUGUUAACGAGUUCAGCGAUCAACAAAAAAGCCAACUGUUGAAGUUCGUCACUAGUUGUAGUCGUCCUCCUCUCCUAGGAUUUAAGGAACUCGACCCGCCAUUCUGCAUCCAGCACGCCGGUAGUGUGGACCGUUUGCCAACCUCGAGUACCUGUAUGAAUUUACUGAAGCUUCCCGAGUUUCCAGACGAAAAGACUUUGCGCGAGAAACUUUUGUAUGCGAUACAGGCAGGUGCAGGUUUCGAGCUCAGUUAGAGCUCUCAUGUUACUUCAUCGUCAUCUCUGUCGGCGAUUCCGUUUGUUCGACCUGAUUGUAAAUACGAUCUUCAAAUUUCGAGUACGUCGUCAUUAAAAGAGGUGAAUACCCGUAGAUGCUGUCUCUCUAUCUAUUUUGCAAAAAGACUCAGAGUAUUCGAAGAGACCCUCAUGGAAGCGCGCUGAAAAUGUUAAUGUUAACAGGAGGGGCCAACUACUAAGUUAUAUCUACCGAUAUACCAUUCGCAAUUGUGCUAUUUGUAAAGAGAAAAAGAAAAAACAAAGAGCGCAGCAUCUAUUAUGGUGCGCGUGUUUAUGUAUGUAUGCGUGUGUGUGCGGACAUUUUUUUUCGUUCCGACUUUUCCACCUUUGGCCUACAACUGUAAAUUCUGUAUAUUUCGAUGUUUUAUAUAUUUCACCAUCAGUGUCUAAGAUUUAUUAUAUCCACUUUGCGAGAUACGUAUGCGAGAAUAGAUAUAUGUAUGUAUGUAUUUAUGAGAUAUCGUUAAGCCAAUGUAAAUAAAGUAUCUUGAAGCGUUGAA